AUGACCUCAGGGGAGGGCAGCAAGGCCCAUGAGGGGCCACCGAGCUGGGAUGGAGAUGCCAGCUCUUUCCAAGAGUAUGAGGAGAGUAGCUUGCUAUGGGAACAGUCUGUGGCUUACGAGAAGCGCUACCUGUGUGGGCCAAAGCUGGCAGCAGCCUUGAAAGGGGCAGCAAAACGCCUAGUGGCUGGACGAGCUCCCAGCUGGCUGUCCCACAACCAGGGUGUGACCACCUUGAUGCAGCACCUCCGUGCUGCAUUGGGCAAACCACAGGUUUCGGACCUCACGGAACACCUGAGCAAGUACUUCAAGGGAUCCCGCCGACGCAACAAUGAGGACAUCAAUAGCUACAUAGCAAGGAAGAGCGAGAUCUACUUGAGGGCUUGUCAGGCUCUACAGCGAGUCAGCCCAUUGCAGGCUUCCUCCGGGACAAGGAAUCGAACAACGCCUUUGACAGCAUGGAAUCCUACAUGGAACUCGAGCAGGCGGAGCAGCUUCGACUACCAGCACGACGAGGACCAGGAGGAGACCGAGGACAACGGCACCACCGCGACCACCACGGCCACGGGCAGCUCCAACCACGCGUGGAGCGACUAUGAAUGGGGCUAUGGGUGGAAUGGGUGGAGAACCGGCAGUCCCAGAGUGUUGCCAGACUACGUCCAAGGAUGGUAUCUGCUCCACGACUCGGGGCUCACGGCCCAGGAGAAGAACGUCGUGCAGACAGCCUUGCAGGGCGACUUCUCCUACACCAAGGUGGUGGAGGAGCUGAGGAACCAGUGUGCGGUGCUGGAUGGACAGCGUCGCGACUACGGGGCGAAGAACACCGGGUACCUCGGCGAGCGCCACUACGACGAGGAUGAGGAUGACGAGGCCCUGUUCGAGGAGAAUGACACGAUCAUGGAGGCGGAACACCACGAAGAGUGGGAGGAGGCUGAGCAGGAAGCUCAGGCGGCCCUGGCGGCAAUGCACCAAGCCCGCCGCACGCUGAAGGAUGCCAGGCAGAAGCAGAACAGCGUCCGCCUGGCCCGACAGUACUUCCGGACCAAUGCAGGGUCCACCCCACGCGAGGGAGGAAAAGGACGGGAUGAGAAGAUGGUGUGCCUACGCUGCGGUCGCACUGGACACCGGGUGGCGAACUGCCCCGACCCACCAACAGCGGCAGCUAAGAGCGCCGAGCCAAUCUCAGCGACCUCCUCUUUUGCGUGCUUCAGCGAUGGCCCGCAGGCUAUGUCAGCUGGAACUUUGGUGGAACCAAGUGCAGAUCCGAUGCAGGCCAUGGCCAUGGGUAUCAGCACAGCAGAUGCUGUGCAACAAGGCAAGGCCGUCAUUGACGGCGGGGCGACCAAGACGCUUGCCUCCAUCAGCGCGAUGGAGCGGACCAUGCAGCUGAACAACAUGAAGAAGGGCGACUCCGGCCUGAUUUCCGUUGACCUGUCUGAGCGCCCAGUUUUCGGAUUCGGUAAUGGGUCUGAGGAUAGGUGCAGUUCCACUGUACAGCUUCGGAUCAAUGCCGACAAGAAGCCAGGAGAGGUCAAAGUCCACUGCCUCGACAGGGGCGGUGGGCCAAUGCUUUUGUCUAUCGACACAUUGCGCAAGCUUAAGGCCAUCAUUGACUUCGAGAGUGAUCUGGUGUGCUUCAGGGCUUUGGAUGAUGGUAAGCUUGUGCAGGUCGAACGAUCUCAGACGGGACAUCAACUCAUUCCCAUGACAGAGGAUUGGUUGGCCAAAGGAGUGAUGUUGAUGGAAUUCAUGGUAGUGAUGCUAGUCAAUCUGUACUUGAUACGCACGGUAGCAGCCCCAACCAAGGCCUCCUCAGUGUUGAUCAUGCCGAAGCCCACCAAGGCGGACCUUCAGGCCGAGCUUGCCUUGCUCGGAGAGACGGCACCAGCGGGAUGGACCAAACUGGAGCUGGAACAACGUCUUCGGGAGCUACGCGAGAUGGGGGUGACCGACCACGAGGACGUGAAGGCGAACACGAGCAUGGAGAAGAUGAUGAAGGACCUGAGGAGGGCCAGCCGGCUCAAGAGCACGCUGACCAAGUACUGCACCGAGACGUUGCAGCUAGAGCUCACGGGCAACGAAGUGAUGGCCAAGUUGAUCGACAAGGCCACCAAGGAGAUACACCGGGUGUGCCCUGCCGAGGGCCACGACUUGGUCAGUUUCGGGAAGCAUGCGGACGAGCGCUACAUCACGCUGGCCACGGAGUAUCCCGAGUACGCCACAUGGGUCAAGACAACCUACAAGGAGAACGGCGAGGAACAUGUGGAACCACGGUUGGCGCGAUUGGCGAAAUGGCUCUUGGAUCAGGACCAGAAGCCCUUGCCCAAGUCCAAGGCAAUGCUUCGCAAGGAGCAGGGCUACAUGAAGAUGCGAGGACCGAUGACUUCGACGACGCAAGGCGGGCGAGCCAGUGGAAGUCGGGCCAGCACGGACAUGAGGAUGAUGGGCGAGAUUGCCGAAGCCCUGGAAUCCGUGAGACAAGAGCUGGCCGAGGUGAAGGGCCAGCGACCACGCAAGACAGCGGGCAAGAGCGACGAGGGCCACCUCACGGACGGCUCGUUCAGUUCUCACCAGGAGCACGAGACUAUGAGUGCUUCCCAGCGGUUGAGUGCCCAGCUGAAAAGCCAGAGCACCCGAGCGCUUCCUUUCAACCGAGCCCGGGCCCUGGAGAGGCAAGCUUGGUCUGUUGAAGCCGCGACGCGGUGUGCAUUGUACAAUGGCUGUGACUUAUCAUGUGAUGCCGGAGUGCGAUUGAUCAUGGCUAGGACUUGUGCAAGUUGUUUGAUGGGACGACAAGAUUUGGGUGAUUUCGGAAGGGCCGUGGAAAGUCACCAAUUGGGUCAGUCCUAUCCCAGCUACAACAAACAGCUUCCGUCAGGCGAGUACAAGUCAGGAAGUGGCAUGCUGUACAAGCAUGGCAAGGCUGUGUUCCAACGGCCAGCGAAGAAGGGGACUCAGCUUGAGGAGGAAAUCAAACGGAAGUUGAAUGUGGAUCCGCUGGUCCUUAAGCUUGCUGAAGAGUUCCUUUGUCACGAGAGGAAUGAGAUAUACCUGGACAUUAUUCCGGGCGAAGCUCAUUGGCAGAUCGGUACGGCCGAGAAUGCCAUUCAGGGACUUAAGACCGUCAUGACAAAGCUGAGCAUCGAGGAUCCCAGCUUGACCGCGGAGCAGGCUAUGAGCCUGGCUGUAAGUACGUUCAACCAUCGGGAAAUGAUCAGAGGUUUUUCACCUGCACAACACGUACUAGGCUGUGCGCCGGAUGAGACUGGACGCCACGUGUUUGGAAACCAACAAAUCCACGACGACGUGAUCCUGAAUCAACCACUUCAGGAUUUCCGCAAAGAGACGGAACUGCGGGCGACCGCAGAGAAGGCACUGGUUGAGUGGCAAGCCCAACAAAGGCUGACCAGAGCAGCCAAUUCCCGUGCAAGGCCCAGUCAUCGAUAUCAUCCCGGAGACUUAGUAUACUUCUGGAGGACACAAGAGUCCGGGAAAGGGAGAAGGUGCCCUGGGACAGCUCAAGGGCGCUUCCUUGGGCCCGCACGGAUAUUGGCCAUGGAGACAAGACAGUCAGAGGAGGGCGAAGCGCGCCCUUCACAUGCCAUCUGGGUGGUGAGAGGGCGGCAUUUGAUGAAGUGCAGCCCAGAGCAACUACGGCCAGCCAGCCAAAGGGAGGAGUUAGUGGAGUCUUUGGCCACGGAAGAUCAGACUCCCUGGACCUAUACGCGUCUGGCCGAGGAGAUUGGGGGAACGCAGUACGAGGAUAUCAGUGAAGAAGUGCCCACUCCAAGCGAGUGGCAACGUGCACAAGACCAAGUGGAGGAGGUGCUACCACGAAGGAGCCGCAUCCGAGGGAAGCAGCCUGCACCGGAGCGCGGCGAAGACCUGGACCUGGAGGACUCGGACAACAACGAGCCGGGUCAGCCAAGUGUGGUACGACGACGAGACCAACUUCCAGGUCCCCACCAACAUGAAGGCGCCAACGCAACGUGGCGAGACGAAGUCCCAGAACAAGCCUGGGCCGCCGAGGAAACUUGCUACUGGGCCGACGAGACCGCUGCAGUGGCCAUCGAGUUGGAGAUGCCAAACAGCAAUAAAGGUUGGGACCGCUUCUUCAACAAUCCACAGGCCUACUUCGUGGGGGCCCUCAAGAGGAGAGCCGUUGAGGUCAGCGAGAAACGCCUAUCCCCUGAAGACAGGGAACGAUUUCGCGAGGCAAAGAAUAAGGAGGUCCGCAACUUCAUAGGAGCAAAAGCCUUCGAGGCACUUCCGGAGCAUCUGAAGCCUUCAAAAGAGCAAGCCAUCGGCAUGAGGUGGUUGCUUACCUGGAAGGCUCAGGAAGACGGGAGUGUCCGGCCUGAGGGGGACAUCACUGGAGCGUUCCUCCAAGGCCGGGAAUAUCCGAGCGAGCUCUUUUGCAUACCCUGCGACGAAAUCCUGGAAAGCAUGAACCUCCCAGCAGGGUCAAUAGUCAGAUUGAAGCGCGCGUGCUACGGAUUAGUGGACGCACCACUGGAGUGGUAUAGGACAGUGGCUGAGUUUCUUGAGUCCAUUGGACUUACAAGACUGUGGAGCGACGCAUGUGCAUGGGUGUGGCGUCCGCAAGGGGUUCUAAGAGGGAUGAUUACGGGGCAUGUGGAUGAUUUCUUGUUCGGGGGAUCGGAUGAAGACACCGGUUGGCAGGAGAUCAUUCGGUUGAUUAAGGAGCGUUUCAAGUGGGGUGACUGGGAUCAGGAUAAGUUUGUUCAAUGUGGAGUUCAGAUUGAGACCACCAGUGAAGGGUUCACUUUGUCCCAGCCACAUUAUCUUUCCAACCUGGAGGAGAUACAUGUCAACGCUCAGCGCCGCAAGGACAAGAAAGCAGACACCACCGACUGGGAGAAGACCCAGCUACGGGCCCUUCUUGGGGGCCUCAGCUGGUACGCCCAGCAGACAGGACCGCACAUCGCCGCUGAAGUGAGUUUGAUGUUGUCUGAGGUGUCUAAAUCCCGAGUAGAGACCAUCGAUCAAGCCAACAUGCUGUUGCAACAUGCUAGAGCCCGCAAGGACCACCAGCUUUGCAUUUUUCGGCAUGAUGACGACGACAUGCAGUUUUAUGCUUGGGUGGAUGCUGUUAAUAAGAAUAGGACUGGGGACGGUAGCACUCAAGGAGUCUUCAUUGGAGCUUCGUCUAAGCAGUUGAUGCAAGGGAGUGUGUGUGCCAUUAGCCCCAUGUCAUGGCACUCUACAAAGAUUGACCGCAGUUGCCGAAGCCCUGGCUCAGCAGAGACACAAGCAGCAGUGAAUGGCGAGGACUCGCUGUUCUACAUGCGCUACCAGUGGUCUGAGAUGCUGUAUGGAAACGUGGAUCUUCGUUCACCUUCCUCAGUGGUCAAGAAGGUGGAUGGUUGCUUGAUCACUGAUUCCAGAAAUGUAUACGACAAGCUGGUGACGGAAGUGCUGACAGUGCAAGGCGCAGAGAAAAAGUCCACCCUGGAACUCCUGAGCGUGAAGGAGUCGCAGAUGGCUACCAAUCUGAAGGUCAGAUGGGUCCAUUCGGAGGCCCAGUUGGCUAAUGCCUUGACAAAACGAGGGGGAAAAGAACUCGAGCUCUACUACAAGAUGCGGUUCAUGUGGCGGAUCGUUGAAGACCCAACAAUGAG